GUACCACAGCGACGGCCGCGUCAAGGGCCUCAGCGAAGUGACCCCCAGCCACCUGCGCGAGAAGACCACGAAGGCCGACGUGAUCUCGUGGAGCGGCUGCGCGGACUCGCAGACAAGCGCGGAUACGUUCGAGGGCGGGGCGGCGGUCGGCGCGAUGAGCUACGCGUUCAUGAAGACACUGACCGAUCACAAGGACCAGACAUAUCAGCAGCUCUUGCAACAUCUGCGUCAAAUAUUGCACAAAAAUUACAGCCAAAAGCCGCAGCUCUCGUCUUCUCAUCGUAUUAACACGAACCACAAGUUCAUCAUGUAGCCUUAGUCAACUGACCAAUUAUGCAGGUCAACGAGCGGAUCGGCCGUGCGUGCAUUACACAUAGCCUUUGCGGUGCCUGGAUGUCGCGUGUGAGGUAAGCCAUCAGGGAGCUGUUGCAAAGCAUACACUGCGGACAAACCGCGUUGUGCGAAGCGCUCACAUGGUACUUACAUUGUAAGGUGGUGUAUAUUUUUACGGCUCUAAGUCGGAGCUCCUAACAUAGGGAAUGGGAUCCCUUUGUUCGGCCUAACAUUUUGAAUGUUCCUAGAAUCGGGAAUGUAAGUGUUAUGUUCUUCCUAUGUUCCGAAAUCGUGCCAUGUUCUAGGAAUGUACUUCCCAUGUUAGGGAAGUUCACUUGAUGGCUUACUAAUAUACACGCCCUUGCAAUGUUAGGCCUAUGUAAGCGCCU